AUGGCUUCGGCUAGAUUCUCUCUCCGAUAUGUUCGCCGUUUCACCACAGUCGCCGGAGAUGCUACUACGACCACCUUAGAGACUGCUGCUGCUCCUUCUUCAGGCAAGAUCUCUGUCUCGAAAGCUAAGUCCAUUCUCAAGAAAGUACACGAUCCCGACAAAGCUCUAGAGAUCUACUCCAAUGUCUCCAAUCUCGACGCUUCACCUGUUGCUUCUCGCUAUGCCCAAGAGCUCAUUGUUCGUCGUCUCGCCAAGUGUAAUCGUUUCUCCGAUAUUGAAACCCUAAUUGAAUCCAACAAAAAUGACCCCAAUAUCAAGGAAGAGCCUUUCUACUCCGCUAUGCUUAUCAGAUCUUACGGCCAAGCCUCCAUGUUCGAUCACGCAAUGAGAACUUUCGAGGAGAUGGAUCAGUAUGAAACACCCAGAUCAGCUGUUUCGUUCAAUGCCUUACUCACUGCUUGUCUACACUCAAAGAAUUUCGAUAAAGUCCCCCAACUGUUCGACGAAAUUCCUCAGAGGUAUAAUAACAUCGUCCCUGAUAAAAUCUCUUAUGGUAUAUUGAUUAAGUCGUACUGUGACUCUGGUUCGCCAGAAAAAGCUAUUGAGAUUAUGAGACAGAUGGAAGGUAAAAGCAUUGAAGUCACUACCUUUGCUUUUACCGCUAUUUUGGAUUCUUUGUAUAAGAGCAGUAAGCUCGAUAUAGCGGAAAACUUGUGGAAUGAGAUUGUGAAGAAAGGUUGGGAAUUUGAUAACGCUGCAUAUAAUGUUCGUAUAAUGAGUGUUCAAAAGGAAAGCCCUGAAAGAGUUGAGGAGCUGAUAGACGAAAUGAUCAGUAAGGGGUUGAAACCGGAUACGAUUAGCUAUAACUAUCUUUUGACCGCGUAUUGCGAGAAAGGAAUGUUGGAUGAAGCUAAGAAAGUGUAUGAAGGGCUUAAAGUUAACGGUUGUGCUCCCAACGCAGCUACGUUUAGGACAUUGAUAUUUCAUCUGUGUGAUAAUGGAUUGUAUGAGCAAGGCUACGCGGUCUUUAAGAAGAGCGUGAAGAUGAACAAGAUUCCAGAUUUCAAUACUUUGAAGCAUUUGGCUGCCGGAUUAGUGAAGAACAAGAAAACCGAUGACGCAAAAGGGUUGAUUAGAUCAGUGAAGAAGAAAUUCCCUCCGAGUAAUGCGUGGAAUAAACUUGGAGAGGAACUCGGGCUGUAUUCGAAAACCGAUGCUUCUUCAUCUUCUGAAGGAAAAGAGGUUGCUGCUUAA